UGCGAGGGGCAGGGGUGUGGGGGUGGCUCAGGUCAAUCCCUGUGCCUAUUCACUUGCCUAGGAGAGACACAGCUGUGUUGAAAGAUAGCUUUUGCCACGUGUGGAAGACACAGCUCUUCACCCUGACCUUUGACAGUGAAGGGAUUUUUGUGGGACCCGCCUUCUUCCAAAGGCUGUGGGAUGAUGAUGGCUUCAUCAUCCUCUUCCUCCCCCUGGGAUGUGGAAGAGGCUGCAACAGUGGCUGAGAUGGCCAAGGGCCCCGUGACCUUUGAGGAUGUCGCUGUGUAUUUCACCGAGGGGCAGUGGGCGCUGCUCGAUCUGAGAGAAAGAAACCUGUACGAGGAUGUCAUGAAGGAGAAUUACGAGAACAUCGUCUCUCUGGAAUUUCCCUUUCCGAAACCGGAUUUGAUUGCCCUGCUGGAACAAGGGGAGGAGCCAUGGGUCUCAGAUCCCCGAGACCCGGAGGAAAAGGAGACCGUCUCCGAUGCCAGCUCAGGGCUUCCUGAGCUCGUCUGUGUCCCAGAACAACUAGACCUGGACUCUGCAGGCGUUGAGCAAUGUGGCAUUUUCUCAAGUACUCACCCAGGGGUGGUCUCCGGGCUGGUCCGAGAGGAAGAACUCUGGAUCCUGCACCCCCAGGGCUACGAGCAAAGGCCCCUCUCUUCAGAAACGAGUUAUAAUAAACCUCCUUGGCUACUGCAGAGGAUUGAGGAGAACUUUGGGGUCCCAACAAGACUGGCAGGUGACAGGACGUUGGAAAGAAAGCACCGGUGUUCAGAGUGUGGGAAAGGAUUCUGCCGCAAAUCAAAACUCACAGAACACCAGAGAAUCCACACAGGAGAGAAACCCUAUUCUUGUUUUGAAUGCGGGAGAAGCUUCCGGGUCAGCUCGCACCUGAUCACACACCUGAGAACCCACAGAAGAGGUGAAGUUCUGCUCGGCUGGAAUGAUCUGGUGAAGAAGCACCCGUGCCUUCUGUGUGGCAAAGCCUUCUCUGUCUCAUCUUCCCUCAUCCGGCACAUGCGAGUCCACACGGGGGAGAGACCCUACCAGUGUCUCAAGUGCGGGAACAGAUUUGGUCAGAAGUCCACCCUCACCAUACAUCAGAGAACUCACCUGGGUGAUUUGAGGGAAGAGCAGACGUGCCUUCAGUGCGGGAAGACCUUUACUGAGAAAGCGGGGCUCGUAAGACACCAGAGACUCCACACAGGGGAGAGGCCUUAUGGGUGCUUCGUCUGCGGGAAAAGGUUUAACGACAAAGGAAACCUUGUUAAACACCAGAGAAUUCACCUGGGGCGUAAUCCUAACCACACCGUGGAUGAUGUUGGAACUGGCAGUGGGAGCAAGUGGGAGAAGAAACAUCCUUGCCCUGAAUGUGGAAAGAGGUUUUAUCACAGAUCGGAGCUCAAUACACACCAGAGAAUCCACACUGGAGAGAAACCUUUCGAGUGCCUGGACUGUGGGAAGAAAUUCAGCUGGAAGCAGAGUCUGCUUAAGCAUCAGAGAGUCCACCUUGGGAGCGGUUUGAUAACAAAACAUCCAUGCCCCGAGUGCGGGAAGAGCUUUGCAGAGAAAGCAAACCUUUUGAAACACCAGAGAAUCCACACAGGGGAGAAGCCUCACGAAUGCUUCCACUGUGGGAAGCAGUUUGCUACCAGGGGGGCCCUGGUUAUCCAUGAGCGCAUCCACACAGGAGAGAAGCCCUAUGGAUGUAUCGAGUGCGGGAAGCAGUUUGUAGACAAAGGAAGCCUCGUCAUACAUCACAGGACCCACACAGGAGAGAAACCCUUUGAGUGCCGGCAGUGUGGGAAAAGGUUCGCCCAGUUGUCAGCAGUGGCUCAGCAUCGGAUAGCGCACCAUGCAGACGGCUUGCAGAAAAUGCACUCCUGCCGCGAGUGUGGGAAAAGCUUCCACGUGCAAUCGAAGCUAGCCAGACACCAGAGAAUCCACACGGGGGAAAAGCCCUACGAGUGUUUUGAAUGUGCCAAAAGGUUCACCGACAAAGGAGACCUGGCUAAGCAUCACAGAACCCACACUGGGGAGAAGCCCUUUGGCUGCCUGGAGUGCGGGAAGUGGUUUGGGCGCAGAGAGCACCUCGUGAACCACCAGAGGGUCCACCUGCCAAAGGAGACUCGGUUUCGGCCCAGCCUUGAGGUGGCCGGCAGGAAGGACUCUCUGGAAGGACACAGGAGUGCUGGGUCGUUUGGAGCCAGCUUAUGCAUCCCCUUGGCCACUGCGGGAGGCAGCUGUUCUCCCUGAAAGAGCAGCCUGCCUUCUAUAGCCUCCUGGAUCCGAACAGCUCCCUGUUUCUGUCGCAGCUUCUGCUGUUUUACCCCAGGCAGCUCCUUCAUGUGGGAUCCUUUUCCCGGAGAAAGCCAAAGCAAUCUCUGGGCUUGUCCAUACUGAGGUUUACUGUGUAUCCAAAGCUGGUUGUGUCUUAGUUGUCUGGGCAUCGUCCAGUGCAGUGGAGGAUGUUCCACUAAGGCAGCCUUUCCCAACCGGUGUGCCUCCAGAUGUUGUUGGACCACAACUCCCAUCAGCCUCAGCCAGCAUUGUCAGUGGUCAGGAAGAUGGGAGUUGUGGUCCAACAACAUCUGGAGGCACACUGGUUGGGCAAGGCUGCACUAAGGCAAGUGGGGCACUGCCCACCAACUUUGGUCUGUCCUCAGCCAGCCCCUGCCUGCCUGCUUUCUUUGAAUGCAGUCCAGGGAGUGGAGGCACCGGCUGUCAGAUCCCUCCUUCUCCUUAGUGUCACCCUGGUAGAGACCAGAGUGGUUCCACCUCCUGUUGGUCUCUCUACUUUCUGCCCUGUGCCAAGGGGCACCAGCCACCACUGUCGUCCACAUGGCAUUGCCCAUCUCACUUUCUUUUAAAAGAGCAAGCUUGGAUUUCCUUUCCGUAUCAGGAGAAGAUAUCUUGCAUAGAAUUCUAGGGCAUUCGUGACAGAAGGAAGCAGGUCCCAUCUUUCAUUUCAGGCUGGUUGACCCUAAACAAUCCUAAGCAUGCUUUGAAUUGUGGCCCAACAUUGUGGGACUGACUUCUGAGUAAACAUCUCCAGGAUUAUGCUGCAAAGCUCCCAUUUGAGAGUGGCCUUCUUAAUUAAUGUGAUCUAUGUUAAAGUCUGUCUCUAUGGUGUUUCAGAGUGGUUUUUGUGUUUCUGUUUGCCCACCUGGGCUCCUACUGGAAGGAAGGGCGGGAUAUAAAUCAAAUAAAUAAAUAAAUAAAUAACAGUACAAAAAGCAACUGAAAAUAGACUUGAAAAACUGUGCAAAUGGCAUACUUAAGGCAGGGAUAUUUUCCUACAGCGGGAAAAGCUUGGAUACAUCUGAGCUGAAGCAGUUACUAAGCAUUGAAUUACGUUGUUGUAAUAAUACCUAAAAAAGCUAGACAUCAGUUUGGAGCAAUGCCAAAAUGUGGGGCACAUUUUUUAACAAACAAAAUAUUGAAUUAUCUUAAUUGGCUGGUGCCUCCCCAUUGCUUUGUGGAACAGUGGUUAAAAAAA